UCUACAUACGCACAAGCGGAUGGGAGGUCAAACAGCCAGCCGAUCUUGUGUGCCGCUACUGUUGACACGGAGGACUUAUGGACAUACCCGAUGGUCAAUACACGUCGGCGGUGUAUACUGCAAUUAAGGAUGCUCGCUAUCCUGAAGCUAUUCGCGUCCUGACAUCGGAGCUAGGGAAUUUUCCUCGCAGUCGGGCGGCACUGUCCCUGUUGAGCUAUUGCUACUACCAGAUGCAAGACUACAAAGCAGCAACCACCAUGUACGAACAGCUCGUGAAGAUCUGCCCCAGCGUUGAAGAGUAUAAGGUGUAUCUCGCCCAGUCACUGUACAAGGCUGGAAUGUAUCCAGAGGCAACGCGAGCAGCAGUUCGAGUCGACAGCCCCCAGUAUCAGCAGAGGAUGGUCGCCCUUCAGGGUGCCAUCAAGUACGAGCAAGACGAGUUGGCAGCGUGCAAGGGUUUCGUCGACCAAUGCCUGGGCGAUGAUCCGGACACCAUCAUCAGUUAUGCGUCGAUUUCUUUCAAAGAAGAAGACUACGAAGAUGCUAGGCAGAAGUACGCAGAUGCUAUGCAUACUCUCGGGUACCAAGCAGAUCUUGCGUACAACACGGCGCUGUGCUACUUCAAGGACAAGCAGUAUGUCUCUGCUUUAAAACAUGUUGACGAAAUCAUCGAGAGAGGUGUACGUGAACACCCAGAGCUCUCUGUCGGAAGCAACACAGACGGGAUUGAUGUGCGUUCUGUCGGCAAUUCACAGCUUCUACAGGAAACUUGUCUGGUGGAGGCGUUCAACCUACGAGCAGCCAUUGAACAAACCAGAAAAAACCACGAAAUGGCGGUGGAGGCCCUCAGCGAUAUGCCACCUCGCAGAGAACAAGAGCUGGACCCAGUCACUCUCCACAAUCAGGCACGUGCCCUUCUGCACAUGGAGGACGAUCCAACAGCAGGCUUCCGCAAGCUUAAUUUUCUGUUGUCCAACCCGCCGUUUCCACCGGAGACAUUCGGCAACCUGCUCCUGUUGCAUUGUAAGUACGGUUACCACGAACUCGCCGCGGACAUCCUGGCUGAAAACAGCCAUCUCACGUAUAAGUUCUUGAGCGAAGAACUUUACGAGUAUCUCGAUGCUGCCAUCAUGGUGCAAACUAGUCCGGAGGAGGCGUACCGCAAGUACGAUGAAUUGACAUCAAAGCACAUCGACCAGCUACGGCAAUUGACGAAGCAAAUACAGGAUGCUCGUAUCGCCCGCGACAAUGAUGCUAUAAAGACUAGUCUGGAGAUGUACGAUGCAGCUCUUGAGCGUUACAUCCCUGUUUUGAUGGCGAUGGCGAGGAUCUACUGGGAUAGAGAGAACUAUCCCAUUGUCGAGAAGCUGUUCAGGCAGGCUGCGGAGUUCUGUUCAGAUCACGAUACUUGGAAAUUGAACGCCGCCCACGUCUUCUUCAUGGAGGAAAAAUUUAAGGAGGCCAUUCGAUACUACCAGCCUAUCGUGAAGAAGCAAGCAGAGAGCAUCCUAGAGGUUCCUGCGAUUGUCCUGGCAAACUUGUGCGUGAGCCACAUCAUGAUAAGCCAAAACGACGAGGCAGAAGAACUCAUGCGAAAGAUAGAAAAAGAAGAAGAGAAAGUGGCGCAAGAGGAUCCGGAAAAGCAAUGCUUUCAUCUUUGCAUUGUCAAUUUGGUUAUCGGAACGCUCUAUUGUGCCAAGGGAAACUUCGAGUUUGGAAUCAGUCGCAUCAUCAAGUCUUUGGAACCGUACGAAAAAAAGCUUGGUACGGACACGUGGUUCUACGCGAAGAGAUGCUUUCUGGCUCUUGCUGAGCAGAUGUCGAAGCAUAUGCUGAUCCUCAAGGAUGCCUCCCUGUACGAGAUCAUCGGUUUCCUCGACGCUGCAGAUCGGCAUGGCCACAACAUCCCAACGCAAAUAGGACCACAGGUCGACCCUGGGGGGAAACACACCGCUGACAAGUGGAACUGUACAGUGAGUUACGAGACACGACAGCUGAAAAAGAUAUUUUUAAAAUUGCGAGAUUAGGAACGGAAUUUGGGAGACGUUUGUGCUGCAUGUCGAAAGCAGGGGGGGCCACCACCGGCGGCGGCGGCGGCAGCAGCUGGCCGCUGGAGGACCCCCUCCCCAUCGUCCGGCUGUUGUGAUCUGCCGCGAGAGCUUCGGCGGCUUCGCCGCCAUUGGUCGGGGACCCCGUUGCCGGCGCCGUGUGGUUCAGGCCAUCGUCUUCGUCAUCGUCUUCAUAGGAACGACGUGCCGUGACAAAAGUCGUACGUGUAUCGAGGGUGUGUUGUGUUUCGUCGUGACUGGCACCACGCGCUCAAGCUAUACAUGCAGCGCUGAGGAUUCAUGUGUUGCCAGGAGCAACCAGCGGCGAACAAAAAACAAGCAAGUAUGAAGCAUUAUGCUGACCUACGGACCUCUCCUGUCCAACUUAGGUGUGCAAGAUGCAGCAAGCACAGAAUAGGCGACUUGCCCCGGAUUGAAGGUCAUGCUUCACGAAUUCCUGAAUGCUGUGUUGACAUUUCAGCGUUACUGCCGAUUUGUUACAAAAAACGCGUC